CACACAUUGUCUCUUUCAUCUCCUCAACUUAAAUUCAUAGUAGCAUCCACCUUUCAAAAGGUCAUACUUACUCAAACUACAAUUCAAUAUAUUUGCUCCCUUCAUGAUGUUGAUGCUAUCUACUUUUUCUCUUAGCCUUGAUAACUGCAGCACCAUAAAGGAGAAAGAAUUCGACGCAAAAUGAUGAUGCAGAUGAUAGAGAUCUGCAAGCUGUUGAAAUUGGCUGUAGAGUCUGUCAAAAUGGUGGCAUAUGCGGUGAGGUUAGCCAUCCAUCAAAACGCAACACUGCUGGGAAGCCCGUCUUUCUCUACAACUGAUCUUUCUGGGUUUUUUCUUCCCUAGUUAUUUUGUUCUUCUAUAUCUUCCCAGAUUGAAAUUAAUUUAUAUGUUUUUUUUUUAACAGCAAAAUUAAUUUAUAUGUUAUGGAAAAUUGAGGGGUAUGCAGAUUGAAAUUGAUUGGUUUCUGAAACUUUCUGUUCAUACAGUUAAGUAUUCACUAAAAAUUAUCUAGUAGUACAAGGCCAACAAAAACCUAUCAAAUCCUCAAGUAAACGUUCGAAACUAUCUCUGGUGGCUCUUCAAAAUAGUGAAAACCUUUCCCCAAAUGAUAAAAUUGUGAAGGCAUGGCAGCUGCACAAAAAUUCUUCUCUCGGAGCAGAUGUUGCAUUUCACAUAUCCACUCCCUCUGCAUGAAAGCCUUUCAUUUCUUGAUCAAAGGCGCUAAGUGCUUUUAUUUCCAUUGCGCCACUUCGUAAUUUUUGCAUCGCUAAUCAAGAGUCCGUUUCUAGGAUAAUGUCUGAACCUUUUCUGCGGAGCCAGCUCUAGACUUUUCCAA